GUCUGAUGCCUGAGUGUCUACCGCGGAGGCAAGUUACAGUCUGCAUGAUGCGCUGCGUAUGAAUAUAUUAAAAUGAAUGCUUUAUUUAGAUGCUAAUUCAUGUCGCAGAUGAUCUAAACAGAGCUGCUGUUGAUCUCGGCUCAUUGAUUUGAUUUUAAAGAGUCAGGAAAGCAAUAAGGCAGAGAAUCGGGGCCCUUGGCUGGUUUUGCACACUAAACAUCUUUGUAGGUCACAUGACUCUUCUGAAGGUCUCCUGAGCGGGACAUGAAGAUCCAGCACUAGAGAACAGGCCGUGUGUUUAUCUGCUGUGAUGAUGAUGAAGAUGAAGAUGGACGUGAAUAUGAGACGUCUGCUGCUUGUGUGUGUGUUCUGCGCGCUCUCCGUGUCUCUGUGCAGCGGAGCCUGUGCCGAGGUGGACUCCGACACUGAAGCUGUGGCCGGAGAGCCCUUCAAGCUGGGAUGCAUCUCCUGUAAGAUGCGCGGAGAGGUGGAGGCCUCAGCCACCGUCGACUGGUUGUUCAAGGCGCGAGGAGAAGCCGACUUCGUGCACAUUUAUAGCUACGACGGCGAGGCGUCCAGCAUCAUCGACGAGCGCUUUCAGGAUCGCAUGGAGUGGCACGGCAGCAAGAAGACCUUUGACCUUCAGGACGCGUCUGUGGACCUCCUCAACGUCACCUUCAACGACUCCGGCGUCUACCGCUGCAUCUUCAACCGAGUCCUCAGCUACGAGCACUACGAGUUCUCCACCAUCGCCACCAAACUGGUGCCCCUCACCGUCGUGGCCAAAGCCACGCGCAGCACGGCGUCCAUCGUGUCGGAGGUCAUGAUGUACGUGUCCAUCAUCGGCCUGCAGCUCUGGCUCCUGGUGGAGAUGAUCUACUGCUACAGGAAGAUCGCCGCGGCCGGAGAGGAAGCGCUCAGAGCCAGCGCAGCGGAGUAUCUGGCCAUCGCGUCCGAGAGCAAAGACAACUGCGCCGGUGUGCAGGUAGCAGAAUGAGUCCACUAGCACAGGUUUCUCCGGGACGCUCUUCCUUCUGAGCUGCUGUCACUGUCUCUGUUUUAUAAGCGUUUGUUUCCUCUUGACCUGACCUCCUCCGCAUGACCUUUAUAUGCUAUGCAUGGAUAAAACCACAGCAAUACUCUAGAGACGCAGUACACUGAGUUUGCACUAGAGAUCAGUAAAGAGCAAGCCAUCUUUGUUGGUCUUGCCACAUACUUAUAUCCAGUGUUGGGGGUAACGCAUUACAAGUAACGUAAUCAGAUUACUUUUUCAAGUAACUAGUA